UACUGGCUUGCUGAUUCAGACACAGUACUAAUUCCUUUCUCUUUUUUGCUGUGUUUCUCUCUUCAGGAUGUUUUUACCCCAGAAUGCAAAUUUAAGGAGUCUGUGUUUGAAAACUACUAUGUGAUCUAUUCCUCAACCCUGUAUCGCCAGCAGGAAUCAGGCCGCGCAUGGUUUCUAGGACUCAAUAAAGAAGGUCAAAUCAUGAAGGGGAACAGAGUGAAGAAAACCAAGCCCUCAUCUCAUUUUGUACCAAAACCUAUUGAAGUGUGUAUGUACAGAGAACCAUCUCUACAUGAAAUUGGAGAAAAGCAAGGACGCUCGAGGAAAAGUUCCGGAACACCCACCAUGAAUGGAGGCAAAGUCGUGAAUCAAGACUCUACAUAGCCUGGAGAAUUCUUCUGCUCUUCCCUCUCCUCCUUCUCCCUUCUCCCCCCCCCUUCCCCGUUUUCUCCAGUAAAUCCACCCAAUGAGAGAGAGAGAAAAAUAAAACAGCAUCACAGGACUUAGUAGCUGAGAUACUGCACUAAAAAUCUUCCUUUUGUGUAGGACAAGAAAUUUGAACCAAAGCUUGCCUGUUGCAAUGUGGUAGAAAAUUCACAUGCAUAACAAUUAUUGCACAUAAGAACAAAGGAAAAAAUAAAUCGGGACUCCACAAACAUUAAAUUUAACUGUGUUGUUAUUAAUAGAGGGUUAAUUGUAAUAAAGGGAGGCUAUAAUGCAGACAAAACAGAGUCAUCGAAUGGAUGUAAAAGGUUUU